AUUAUUAACGGGUGGAUUUCAGGAGAAAAUGAGAAAGGCAUUUCUGUCUUAUUUUGCUCUGCUGCCGGAUUUCUAAUUUCUUAAACUAUGCAAGCAAAUCCGAUUUCCUGAGAUCAGCUCAUUUCCUUUGUUUUCUUCUCCUCCAACUGCAUAUUCCCAUUUAUUUUUCUUUAUUGAAAUUUGGCGUUGACUCCUGUUAUAAGUAAGUAGCUUUUGGAUUUACACGCCAAAACAAGAAAAGGGGGAAAAAAAAAAAGAAAAAGAGAAACUUUGGCGACUUGUAUUUGGCGAGUGUAAAACGCCACUCUGUCAAAUGGCGCAUCUUUGUCAACGAACUCCUCUGUCUCUCUCUUUCUUCUUUCACAAGGGAAAAUAAAGAAAAGAAAGCAAAAAAUUAGGUGAAAUGGGUGGUGAAUUCGGAAAUAUUCAUUGAUUUGCGUAGAGCAUAUUCCCUUUGUUGAGGAUAUAUGGAAGAGCUGAAAGUGAAAACGCAAGACAAGCCAGCUUCUACGAGAGAAAUUUUCUGCCUUUCAGGACCUUUGCACCUCACCGCAGUUGACUGGAAAAACUUUCAUCACCGAAGAUCUGUUGCUGCAAGCUUGGUUCAGGGAGUGUACGUUCUAGAACGUGACCGCCAACAGAAUCGCCAAGGCCCCCAAGCUCAUGCACUGCCUUGGUGGGACUUCUUCGAUUUCCAAUUGAUCCGUCUUCUUGUAGAUGAUGUUGAUAGCUCCAUUUUUGGUGCCGUUUAUCAAUUCAAGCCUUUUGCUUUCAACAACAAACAUUCAGCCCAAAAUGCUCCAAAUUAUGUUAUUGCCUUCCGGGGCACCAUAAAUAAGUCGGACUCCAGGUCUCGUGAUCUCAAGUUGGAUCUCCUAUGCAUCCGUAAUAGACUGCAUGAAAGUUCCCGUUUUCAGCUUGCAAUGCAGGCUGUGGAAAGUGUGAUUGCUGUUGCUGGAACUUCAAGUAUUUGGUUAGCUGGCCAUUCACUUGGCUCAGCUGUUUCAUUGCUUGCUGGGAAGAAUAUGACCAAGAUGGGUUAUAGUGUUGAAACUUACCUCUUCAAUCCCCCAUUCUUUUCUGUCCCUGUAGAAAGAAUCAAGAAUGAAAAGCUGAAGCAUGGGAUUCGCCUUACAAGCAGCAUAGUCAAAGCUGGACUCACUGUUGCUGUGAAGGGUCGCCAUCAGAGGCAUCAGCAAGAUAAUACAUUUCUUUUACUCUCUGCAUGGAAACCAUACCUGUUUGUGAAUCCUGCAGAUCAUAUAUGCUCAGGGUAUAUUGGCUAUUUUGAGCACAGGAAGAAGAUGGAGGAGAUUGGGGCUGGAAAAAUUGAGAGGAUUGCAACACAGAAUUCUAUAGGGAGUUUAUUGUCAGGUUCAACGAAGAGUGAUUCAGGACCACUGCAUCUGCUUCCUUCAGCCUAUCUCACUAUUAAUUUGAGUCAGUCACCAGAUUUCAAACGAGCUCAUGGAAUUCACCAGUGGUGGGAUCCUAGUUUUGAUUGUCGGUCAGAACUGCAUGAGUACAGGUAAUCCAUGUUCUUGCGUGACCUCUCUAGUGGAAGACAAGUUAAUUACAAGAACGCUGCAGAGGGCAAAAGUUAGAUCACUGACAUAUUGGUGGAAGAACCGGGGUACUGUAAUUUCCACUCGUUUAUUACCUUCAUUCUAAUGUAGACUGCGGAGGGAAAAAGUUAGAUCACUGACAUAUUGGUGGAAGAACCUGGGUAUUGUAAUUUCCACUCGUUUGUUACCUUCAUUAUAGUGUAGACACUGAAGAAAAAAGAUUGAUCUUCUGUUUCCUUUUUCCAUGAUGUAAACGAUUGUUACAUUCAAAUAGGGCUUGACGCAUUCUAAUCUCUAAAAAAA